UUGAGAGAAGCAUUGCCCCAAAAUGAGGCCGCCGAGAGUGUGCAGGAGGCAAUGAUGAGCGUUCGACUCGACGCCGGAGUUAUGGCGCUUCCUUAGUAGCCGCCUUCGGCCGACACUGUCCCCGACAUUCCGCAUCGCGCUUCGCCAUCGCCCACGACCUCACUCGCGCUCUCUCGCUCACGAAACCUCCUCCUCUGAACCAUGCUUCUGGACAGCGACAUCUUCCCGGACCUCGUGGACGCGAUCGUGCGCUCCGCCGACCUCGAAGGUCUGUGCGCCUGGCGCGCCGUGUCGCGCUACCACCGGAGCGUCGCCGACGGCGUCAUCUUUCCCCAUGUGCAUCUGUACGAACGCGCGGCCUACACGGUAGAGGGCGUCGCGUCCGGCGGAUGGGCGAUGUGCGCGCAGGGCGUUCGCUGGCCCUUCUGGGCCUGGGAGCGCGGGGGCGCGCCCACUACGAAACCCCUCCUCCCUCCACCCUUCAAACACACCCGCGUCCUCGACAUAUCAUGGCAGGGCCCGCGCUCCGAGCGCGAGUCUGAACCUGUGCCCGCCUCCAUCCUGGACCUCUUCGAGCCGCGGGUAGUGCGUCUCGUCGCGUUCCGCGGCGCAUAUCCCGCUUUGCGGUGGCGGUGGCCACAAGCGCGCCUCAUCUCUUUCGUGGACGUCAGCACGACCAAGCAGCGCGGCGGGCGGGACGCGCGCGCGCCCGGCCCCGAGACGAGCACGGUCCUGCAUCUGCGGUACGAUGCGCGGCGGAACGAGUUCUUCCGCCUCCUCGCACUCAGCUACGUUUUUCCGACGUUCGCGGCCACGCAUGAUGUGACGCUUAUCAUUUCGCCCGAUCGGCCCGGCCCCGAGUCGCUACGCGACCGCCGCAAAACGACCGCGCAGGUUCUUAAGCGUGUUGGAUACUGGAUCCGGUACGGGAAAGAGGAGGAGGAGUGGGAGGGCGCCGAAGAGGACGAGUACCGCAUCACCGUCGUGGUGGAUGGUCUCACUGAUCUCGACGAGCUGGCCGACGAGCCGCGCGCGAGUGCCGUGCGCGCCGCAGGGGAAGACGCAAAGGUGCCCCUCAUGCCGGUUACGUUUGUCACGCACGACGAGUACCGCGCCCGGCUGGGGAGUGAGGACACGCUCCACUACGACUGGCCACGGCAGCCUGGCGAGCGCGUUUCACGUCGUGGGUCCGAGACGCUGUGGGUGUUGUGAGGUGGCUUGUUGCUCGCGGGCAUCGUAUCUUUGUGCAGCCCACGACCGGCGCAAGCCUUCGGCGCUGGCGCUGAGAAGAAUGCCUCCUGCGAGAUACAUAUCGAGCGCGCCUGCGACGCAGUUAUGAGAUGGGUGACUGGCUGGCUGUCUACGAAAGAGAGUCACUUCUUCCGAGGGAGCCACCCGGAAGAUCGGCGCUCGCACCCCUUUGCUACGCGGUAUGUCAUGUGAAGGG